AUGAGCAAAGCAGUCAGCGUCGAGCGCAGCAGGUCCCACAGCAGCAGUAGUAGUGCAAAGCAUGGCGACCAGCACGCACGCGUCCCAGAAGUCGCCUUCCCCGUCUCGCCCCGAAGAGGUGCCGGGAGAAGCCCCUAUCGUGGCAACGUCCGCACUCGAGACAACUGCUUCUCUCCUGAAAUCAUUCCGCCGUUAAAGUCCUUCUGCCAGCACGUGAGCACGUGGGCGCACUACGCAGAGCCCUGGGCGCAUGAUCGAGACGCACCACCUGGUGGCGCGACUCACAGGGGACGUGCUGCAGACCACCCCUUGGGCCGCGUUUCCCGUGCUCUUGUCGAAGAGAGGGAUGCUGCAUUGAAGAUAGAGACAAGGGAGAAGCUGGAUCAGUGGGCGGUGCUAGUGGACAAGGAGUGGGCGGUGAUGGGGAAGGAUUGGGCGGUGGACUGGUGGGUGGAGAGUGGCAAGGUGUGGGUGACUGCGAUGAGGGUUGUUGAGUUGGAGAGCAUGGGGAUGCGGAAGGGGGGUGAGGCAGAAGUGAUGGUGUCAUCUAUGCUGAUGGAGGAAGGGAUGGGCGAUAGGGGAGUGGAGGGUGUGCAUUACAUUGUAUCGGAGGUGGUGUUUAAAAAACUUCCAGAGGAGGAGAAGCGCUUGUGGCACUCGCACUACUGUGAGAUAUUUGAGGACUUGUGGGUGAACCCAGGAGUGCUAGAAACCAUGCAGCAGCAAGAGUUGAAGAAACUUGUCAAUACGUACGGCAAGUUUUGGAGUGUGUGGCAAUUCGAUAGGGGGAACGCCCUCCCCCUCUGCCCUCCUGCCCUCAUGCUCUCCCCCCAAGACCACUUCUUGGGGCGCGUUCCUCGUGCUCUUGUGGAGGAAAGGGAUGCGUCUUUGGGAAUAGAGACAGGGGAGAAGCGGAAGCGGCGCUA